AUGGAGUCGUCGGUGGUUCCCUCGCUUCCCUCCACGUACUCCGUUCUCUGCGUCGGAAACAAAACCGUCCAGGGCGUUGCCGCGCGCGCCCUAGUCAUGCUCCCCGACGUCGCCAUCCAGGGCUCCGAGCGACCCGUCAGCGAGGUCAUCGGCGAGACGAUGACCUCGAUGCUCUCCUCCAAGCUUCGUCGCACCGAAAGCGACCGAAACGUCUUCGAAACGCCCUGGAAGGCGGGCGUUUCCUCGCCUCUGGCGCUGAAAACCCCGAUCAUUCCGUUCCCGGCAUUGCCCACGCCGCGGCCGGGCUGUCCCGUGUUUAUCACGACGUCCGUUUUGGUGCACAUUGCCGCGGUUUCGCGCGGCUCUCCGCGCGCUCUUCUUCGCCCGUUCUCCGUUUCCACGAAUCACGCCGCGCUGCUGACGCGCAUCUUCGCUUCGCUGGUCAAAGAAUCCCCGCCCUUGCACGUGUCGUUCCGCGGGAAUGACGCGGCGGCGGCGCGGCUGAGCCGGCUGGCGGCGGACUUCGGGGAAACGGAGUUCGGCGUAACGGUGAUCCCUGGAGGCCGCACGCCGGAGCGGAGCGUGGUGGUGGACGGGAGUGGACGGGUUUUGAACGAGGGCCGCAGCGAGCGGCUGGUUCGCCAGGCGUCCGAGGCGUUCGUGAAGAAGUUCGCAGAUUACUUGCGCAAGGCUCCGCUGAUCGUUUUGGAGGGAAAGAUGGCUCCCGCCACGCUGCGCUAUGUCGCCAAAAUCGCCAAGGAUUCUGGAAUUCCGGUGUUUUUGGACUGCACCGAGAACGAGGAGUUUCAGAGCGUGCUGGAAAGUGGAAUCGUGGAAACCUGCCAGUGGAUGGUGAUGAGCCAGACGAGUGCGGAGCGGUUGUUGGGCGGCUCGGCGAAGUCGCCGAUGAACCGCGGGAAAGCCGAGUUUACAGGGGAGGAAGCGAUGCGAUUUGUGUUGGAGGUACGGAAGAAAUUGCAGGAACGGAGAAACGAAGACGAAAAUGGCGGGAAAACGCCGAAUAUGCUGGUGUCGUUCGCGGAGCAGGGAGCAUGUUUCGUGAUGUCGGAUAAGGAGAAUGUGGAGUUGAAUUGGCUAAAGGGAGACUCGGUGUUUAACCAAUAUUCAGAUGUGGCUUUCGAGGGAGGAUUUCUCUGGGGGCUGAUGAAUCAAUAUCCGCUCGAUCUGUCGAUGAGUUUGGGGCGAAUCUUGCAGGACCAGGUGAAUUCGAGCAAAACAAUCUUUGGGAAGUCGAUUCAUUCGUCCUGCUUUGCGAAUCAAAUUAUGAAGUACAUGACGGGAAUUAGCUCGUUUGAUUUGUUUUAG